AACUUUUAUUUACAUCACUAAUUUUUCUUUAUUUUAUUAUCCACAGUUCCACUGUGCCAACUGCAUCCUUGUGUGUUGGCUGCAAAAGUUUUUUGCGUGAGCCCGACAACUUUUCAUAUGAAAUGUGCAAAAUUACACACUCCCCCGGCCGAAAGAAACGAGCCGAGAAAAAUAUUUUGAAUGUUUUAUUAGCUCAAAACUGGCCAGAAAGGGGGCGUGGCAGUUGCGGCGAAAUGGAGAAAUGCAAUUUCAGUGGAUUUGUAGUUAAUUAAAGUGUAAUGUCUGCCCAUGUACGGCUGCCUCCGACGGAGGAUGUGGAAAGGAGCAGGAUCAGGAGCAGGAGCAGGAGAAGUCGGGGUGCCAACGUUGACAAGGCCCAUCAGAGGAGCGUGAAAUAUGGCCACUUUAGAGUCCGGCCAAAUGGCCCGUUUGCCGUAGAACUGCUCUGUCCUCGACGUCCGUCAACAAAGGGGGCAAACACAAAUCAUUCGGAAUACAACAAGUCGGAAUAGUGGCGGUUUUCAGUACUUGGCCGUGCAAUUACGCAGAAUGCCGUUUGCCUUUUAAGUUGCAUAUUGUUCGGCGAUCAGGAGGAGGAGGCGGAGGAGGUGGAGGACUUUCCCGCGGACUGGGAAAGCGGAAAAGCGCGGAAAAACGGACGUUAAGGUGAAGUGAAGGAGUAGGAGGAGGAGGAGGAGAAGUGCCACUGACAGUGGCAGUAAGUUACGGGCCAAGUUUCGCCGGAGUCGCCUUGUCGCUGGCGCAACUGGCAUAACUCAGAGCUGAUGAAAUAUGGAGCUGCUGCAGGCCCUCUGCUGUACGCUGCUCCUGCUUUUGGCCCGGAUGCAAGUUCUGCUCGCCGUCAGCUGGGAGGACUGGUGGACAUACGAUGGCAUCUCGGGACCCGCCUUCUGGGGGCUCAUCAAUCCGGAGUGGUCGCUCUGCAACAAGGGUCGUCGCCAGUCGCCGGUCAAUCUGGAGCCCCAGCGCCUGCUCUUCGAUCCCAACUUGCGGCCCAUGCACAUAGACAAGCACAGGAUAUCCGGACUGAUCACUAAUACGGGCCACAGCGUCAUCUUCACGGCCGGAAACGACACGGUGGCCAACUACGACGGCAUGCAGACGCCGGUGAACAUCUCGGGCGGACCGCUCUCGUACCGCUACCGCUUCCACGAGAUACACAUGCACUACGGGCUGAACGACCAGUUCGGAUCGGAGCACAGCGUCGAGGGCUACACGUUCCCGGCGGAGAUACAAAUAUUCGGCUACAAUUCCCAGCUGUAUGCAAAUUUCUCAGAUGCCCUCAAUCGCGCCCAGGGCAUCGUGGGCGUCUCCAUUCUGCUGCAGCUUGGAGACCUCUCGAAUCCGGAGCUGCGCAUGCUCACCGAUCAGCUGGAGCGCAUUCGCUACGGUGGGGAUGAGGCGUUUGUCAAACGACUCUCUAUUCGGGGACUGCUUCCCGAUACGGAUCACUACAUGACCUACGAUGGAUCAACAACGGCACCAGCCUGCCACGAAACAGUCACUUGGGUGGUGCUCAACAAGCCCAUCUACAUCACAAAGCAACAGUUACACGCCCUGCGCCGCCUGAUGCAGGGCAGCCCCGACCACCCGAAGGCGCCCCUGGGCAACAAUUACAGGCCGCCCCAGCCGCUCCUGCACCGGCCCAUCCGCACCAACAUUGAUUUCAAGACGACGAAGACGAACGGCAAGGCCGCCUGCCCCACCAUGUACCGCGAGGUCUACUACAAAGCGACCAGUUGGAAACAGAACUAGAAGUCAGUGACGUGAUGGCGUAACGUAACGUAUCGUAAGCGUAUGACGUAAGUAGCGAGCGGCGUGCAACAGGAGCUUCCACUAAACAUACAUAUAGACAAGGCGAUGCCGAGGGAAAGGACUCGAAAGGGAAGGACUACGAUGGAGGGGAAGGACGAGGCUCAAGAUGAGCUGGGGAAGGAAUCACAAAGGAAUCAGUGCAGCAAAUUGGCGAUUGGAAAUACACACACAUAUAUAUAAAUAGGCAGAGAAUAAACAAAGGAAUAAUAUGGAUAGCGAUUACGAUUACGACAAUUAGCA